AUGAAUCGCCACGUGGCUAUAACAGAUCACUUAUCUACCGACCCGACUAUACACAAAACAUGUGUAACCAUCGCCGACCUUCCCAGUCGGAGGGCGACGAACCAAAGGGUUAGUCCAGUGGUCGGGUAUUUAAAAGUCUACCAGACCACUAAGGCAAGCAUCCCUUGGACCGAGGUCAAGUACGAGCCCAAGCCCCCAGAUAGAGCCAAGUUAUCUAUACAAGAAGGAUACGCGAUACAAGCGGAACCAAGACUUGUUGAGAAAUCAGCACCUCAAGAAAGGAACCUCGUCGGGUACGGCAGGGAGAAACGCCCAGAGGCGAAGAAAAGAAAGACUGAGGUCGGAUCGUUUGAAAGGUCUAGAGGAGAAGAUGAGCCAAAUCCUAAAAGGCGAGAACCAUGUCAACUGUUUGGCCAAGUGCAUGCACAACGAGAGCUUGAGCCUACCAGCACCAAAGGUACCGAUAGAGCCUCGUCAUCGUCAACAGGAACUGAAACACUGAGUCAGAACGUGGCCGAUGCUAGAAACAUCCUGAAGAAGAAGAAAGCUUGGUGGGAGCGCAACAAACGCUUAAUAGGGAACCUUCGCAAAGGGAAAAAUAGGGUUAGCUCAGAGGAGGCCGAGGAAAAAGUUGACGGCAUCAUCUCUUGCCACGCCCCGGACCCGGGGGUAGGUGGAAAUCUUGCGCCCGGUGCGUGA